AUGGCCUCUUGCCAAUCUCUCCUCCUGGCCACCCUCAGCAUCUUGGCCUGUUCCCCAACUUCAUCCGCCGCCACACCCGCCGUACGCCCAAGUCCCGAGGACGCGCGCGGAAAUGCAAACCGCGUCUUCAACGCCGUCCAUUCGGCCAUGCGGCAGUGGGGCUCGUCCAUCCACCACAAUGGCAUGUCCUUCUUCCCCGCAACCAUUCCCGCGGGCGUCUGGCUCUAUCACGGUGGCCACCAAGAGGAUGCCGUGACGGGCAUGGAGUGGCUAGCAUUCGAGAUUGAGCACGCCGAGUCCUUUGCCCGUCCGGCACCCGCGCCGCCGCCGUCCGACGGUCCGCGCCAACCCCCACAAACUUUGCUUCGGCGACGGAUGACAUCUCCCAACCAGUCGCCUCUUGUGCAGCAGCAGCAACAGGACUUCGACGACGAUGACGACGACGACAAUGAUCGCCGCAGCAGCAGCAGCAGCCGACCCCGCCGCCCGUUUCGCGAUGGGUAUCUGCACACCUACCGCGUCACGCGGCCCCAACGCAUGCUCUACAUCGACGGCAUGUCCGGCGCCAAGUCGCCCCUCGGCACGCUCGACUCGCAGGACGAGCUGCUGCGCAACCGCACCGGCAGCGGCGGCUUCGACGAGUGGCCGCGCGCGGGCGCGCUCUGCGACCUCGCGCGGGCGUGGGAGCUCGACGGCGUCGUCCGCAUGGAGGCCGGCUUCGAGGUGAUCAAGUGCGACUUUGCCGACGGCAGCCUCGACCUCGUGUCCGUCGCCCGGCGGCCGCCGUGGCGGCCCGCGUAUGGCGAUGAUGAUGAUGGUGGCGAUGGCGACGACGAUGACGAUGACGGCUGGGCCCUGGACCAGAUGGAGUACCUGCGCGCCGUGUCGCAGCGGUACUGGGGCAUCACGGCGUCGCGCGUCGCGCUCGACCAGAGCCGCAUGGUCUCGGCGCUGUUCUACCCGGUCAACCUGACGAACCCGGAGGCCGUGAGCAACCCGGCGCUGCCCAGGAUGGUGUCGGUGCCAUGGGAGGAGCUGGACGCGAUCAAGAACGACGUGGCAGAGGCCAUGGCUGCCGCCUCUUGGCAGGGAACGACGACCAGCGGGCUGGACUGGCAGGGCGUGACUGACAUGGUUGUCUCGCGGUACGCCGACCGCCUGCGCUUCAUCGCCGAGAGGACUACGACGCUGGAGGACGUCCGCGCGGACGUUAACGGCCUGCUCGACACCUUUAUCAACUACGCCACCGCCGCCGCCGCCGAUGACGCUCAAACGCCUGACUUGGUAGCAGCGAGGCGGCGGUGCUCACGGCACUAUCUCGACCCGGUGCGCUCGGCGGUGACGACCUGGCAAGACGAGCUGAUUCGGAUAGCUCUAGAAGCGGUGACGUCGCGGAUCUGCACCGAUCUGUUUGCCGUCCGGGCGAUCUUGAGCGAGUCGGGUGCCACGGGAGGAGAAGGAGAGCGAGGGGGGGUGGACCACCAACUUGCGAGAGCUCGCGCGCGAGUUCGGGGUCUGAUGACAUGGCUAGACUGGGCCGAGUGGCGCAAGUGCGGAGCGUGCGAGCCGAGCCAGGUCUGCUUCGUGGCCGUCUGGCCGUACGGCGACGCCGAAGAUCACUUCUCGCCGAGCUGUCUCAACAAGACGCAGCUCGAAGGCCGGCACGGGUACUGGCGCUUUGAUAGGAGAGGUAGAGGGUGA